UGACGUAUCAACUACGAGCGCCGCUUCCAAAACACAGCCAGAAGUCUGCAAAUGCAGCCAAAAAAUGGCGUGAUUAAGUGACUGAGACACCGCACAGGUCUGACCAUGUCUGUGGUGACGGUCCAGCUGGGUCAGUGCGGUAACCAGGUGGGACAGGAGCUGUUUGACGUCAUUUGCAGCGAUGCUCGAGACGUCCACAGGAAAACGUACAGCGCCGUCAGCCGUGAGCGCUUCUUCCGCCAGACCCCACAGGGAGAGCUUGAAGCCAGGGCGGUGCUGUUCGACAUGGAGCCCAAAGUGAUCAACCACAGCAUGAACAAGGCUGCGAAGUCUGGCAGGUGGAGGUACGGAGAAACUUCCCACUUCAGCCAGAAACAGGGCUCCGGAAACAACUGGGCCAAUGGGUAUUGCGUGCAUGGCCCUCGUCACAGAGACGCGGUGGAGGAGCUGGUGAGGAGGGAGGUGGAGCGCUGCGACAUGCUGGCAGGGUUCAUCCCCAUCAUGAGUGUCGCAGGGGGGACAGGCUCAGGAGUCGGUACUUUCAUCACUCAGUGUCUCAAAGACGUCUACCCAUCGUCGUUUGUCCUUAACCACCUCACCUGGCCAUAUGGGACUGGGGAAGUGAUUGUCCAGAACUACAACUCAGUGCUGACGCUUGCACACCUCUACCAGCUCUCUGAUGCCAUCCUGGUGCACGAGAACGACAUUGUGCACAAGACCUGCAGUCAGCUGCUGAAGAUCAAGCAGAUCUCUUUCAGUGACAUCAACAGGGUCAUCGCUCACCAGCUGGGUGGGGUGCUGCAGCCCACGUUCACGCCCGUUUCCUGCGGAGAGUACAGUAGGCAUCCUAUUGGUGAGUUGAUGAGCGCUCUCGCCUGCCACCCAGAGUACAAGCUGCUGAAUGUGUGCACCAUCCCCCAGAUGGCCAGCUCCUCCAUCGCCUUCAGCACCUUCAGCUGGCCGGCGCUGCUCAAACACCUGCGGCAGAUGCUAAUCUCCAACAGCAAGAUGGAAGGAGGUAUAGACUGGCAGGUCUGUCCACCUCCAGCGUCAACAGGGCGGAGCAGGAUUCUCUCAGUUGGCAGCUUCAACACCUCCCUGGCCAACCUGCUCAUCCUGAGGGGAAAGGAUGUCUACAGUGCAGAGACGGGGGGAUUUGAAGACUCAUCUAUUUAUACUUCAUGGCUUCCAUCAGACGAAGCACUUAGCUUGUGGAAAUCUCCCAUUCCCUUCAAUAAGUAUGAGAAGUCUGCAACAUUAGUUAGUAACAGCCAGGCUCUGCUCAGACCUCUGGAUGACAUGGUGAGAAAAGCCUGGAACAUGUUUGCUUCCAGGGCCUACAUCCAUCAGUAUGUUAAAUUUGGGAUCUCAGAGGAAGAUUUUCUUGAUAGCUUUACAUCUCUAGAGCAGGUGAUCUCCAGCUACUCUGAGCUUCAGUAGGUCAGCUGAGAGUAGCUGUGAGAGGGGACACCAAGCAACACAAUGGACUGAUUUUAACUGCAUUAUUUAUUUUGGUAGAUGUUUUAAAAAAAUUGUAUAAAUAAAAUAAUU